CUCACGUGACUUUGAGCUGCAGCAAAAGUCACGUGGUUGCCUCCUCAUUGACACUUCCUGUUCCACGAGAAAAAUAAUAAAUCUCUUCUGCUUUGCGGGUGGCUUCAUAGACUUCUGACUAGAUUUUUGGCCUUCAGUGCUGACAGAAAAGUGGUGGUCUCCUGGGAACUUCCACCGACAUGUCACAAUACACAAGCUUUCCCGAACCGACGGAGGACCAGAAUCCCUUUCAGGACCCUGCAGUGACUCAGCAUAGCAACAACACAGGAUAUGCCACCCUAGACCUGUAUAACCCAUUUGACAAACCGGCCGGGCCACCGCCUCCGUAUGAAUCCUCUUCUCCACCUCCACCUCCACCUGCACUAACACCGCCUAGCAGAACCACCCCCACCGAGCCCCGCAACUAUGGCUCCUAUAACUCCCAGCCUGCAGUCAGUGCAACCACAGCUGAGCUCCUGAGGAAGCAGGAGGAGCUGGAGAGGAAAGCCCAGGAGCUGGAGAGGAGAGAGCGGGAGCUGCAGUCCCACAGCCUCGGACCCGGAGCCACUCGACAGAAUAACUGGCCCCCGCUGCCUUCCUUCUGCCCCGUGGGUCCCUGCUUCUACCAGGACAUCAGUGUGGAGAUCAGUCAGCGCUUCCAGCGGAUCGUCACCUUCAUGUACUACUUUUGGUUGUUCUGCACCUUCACACUUGGCAUCAACCUGAUCUCCUCCUUGGCCUUGUUCUGUGUGGACAGCACUUCUGGUUCUGGUUUUGGCCUCGCCAUCCUCUGGGCCCUCCUCUUCACGCCCUGCUCUUUCGUCUGCUGGUAUCGACCCGUGUACAAGGCCUUCAGGAGUGACAGCUCCUUCAACUUCUUCGUCUUCUUCUUCAUUUUCUUUGUCCAAGUGGGCAUCUUUAUCAUCAUGACCAUCGGCAUUCCUGGAUCGGGAUUCAGUGGUUGGAUUGUGAGCCUGGCUGCUCUUCGUAACAGUAAAGCUGUUGGUAUCAUCAUGAUUUUAAAUUCCAUCCUCCUUACCGCUCAGGCUGCUAUGGGGGUGGUCCUGAUGAAGAAGAUCCACAGUAUGUACAGGCAAACAGAUGCCAGCUUUCAGAAGGCCCAGGCUGAGUUUGCCACCGAUUUCAUGUCCAAUCAGGCUGUGCGUCAAGCAGCUGCCUCUGCUGCCCAGGGGGCCUUCACCACACCUUGAUGGGGACAGAUGAAGGAUGGGGAGGGGGCUGUCCGCUUGAUUAAGUAUGCUUUAUGGGAGGAGCCAAGUCUUACUUAAUUACCUUCUAGGCAUGUCUAACUUUGAAAAGUGUACAUGACAAGAUGCCGAAUUUGCCAAAUGGAAAUAACCAAAUCAAAAAGCCUUUGCAUUGGUGUAGCUGUAAAAAGUGUCUGUGAAUGCAGGGAAAACCUUGUUAUUUUGUAUUAUUCGUACACCACUUUUUAAAUUAACUUUGAUCCUGUGUUGAAGGAAAAAUGCAAAAAAUGGGAUCUUCACUCUGAAGUAAUGCUAAUGUAACAUUUGGCCCUUAAUCGAGAGGCUUAACCUAAGAAAGCACGUUGUUUUUGCUUUUUGCUAAUCUGUGAACUAACCAGUUAUUUCAUCCAUACAAAUGAGCACCCGUAUUUACUGUAAUGUCAAAUCUCAUGCUGUAAAGAUUAUGAACAAAUGUUUGUUUUUUUCCAGUAUCCAUGACAGUUUUGUUUGUAUUUCUUGUGGUUGUUAAGAGUAAUAACAAAUAUCUAUCUUGGUUAGAAGAAUUAAAGAAAUACAGUCAUGCUUUCGCA